CUCCGUCGUCUUCUUCCUCAGAAGAUAUUUAUAAGUAAACGAUUACUUGUUCGAUUUCUUCACUUUUGGUCAUCGAACGAUCACGAAGAAACCAUGGCAGAAGAGAAAAGCGGGAAAAAGAAAGUGAUGGUGGCGAUUGAUGAUAGUGAUUGCAGUAAACACGCUCUGAAAUGGACGCUGGUGUAUCUCAAGGAUAGCCUCGACGAUUCCGAUAUCAUCCUCUUCACCGCUCAGCCUCCACUUGAUCUCAGCUGCGUCUAUGCUUCCUCUUAUGGUGCCGCUCCGAUGGAGCUGAUAAACUCAAUGCAAGAGAAUCAUAAGAACGCAGGAUUGAAUCGGCUUGAGGAAGGGGCCAAAAUUUGUGCUGAGAGUGGGGUUACCCCAAGAAAGGCGAUGGAAAUUGGGAAUCCUAAAGAAGCGAUAUGUGAUGCUGUUAAGAAGCUUGGUGUUGAUUUGCUUAUAGUUGGGAGCAAUGGUAAAGGGGCACUUGAAAGGACUUUCCUUGGAAGUGUUAGCAAUUACUGUGUCAACAAAGCUAAGUGCCCAGUUCUUGUGGUGAGGGCAAAGGCUUGAAGACCCCUUUAUAUCGCUAGAGUUUGAGAAGAACCCUGGCUUGUUUGUUAUAUGUGUUGUAAACAUCUUGAUAAUAAUGCUUUGCUUGUUUAUUACUGUUUAAAGAAACUUUGUGAGUGCACAUAAUCUAUUUUGUUUAAUAAAGGAACGAACUUUAGCGUGCUCUU